AUGAUGUCUAGGCUUCCUCUUGAUAAUGUUAUUAUCAAAGCUUAUAGGGAAAUCCCUGAUUCUGGUGUUUGUGAAAUUCCUGCUUCUUUACAAGCAACUCUUGAUGUUGUUGAUGUUCCGAAAAGAGGAGGAAAGAGAAAAGCAAAAACAACUGGAGGUGUUUCAAAGAAACCAAAGCAACAAAGGAAAACAAAGUCUAAACCAGCUAUGUUUGAUGAGGCUUCGGAGGAUAGAACUCAAAGUGGUUUCCGGGUGAUAAUGUUCUAUUUACUGAAGAAGAUAUUGCACAUACUUCCGAUGCUCUACCAAAGACUUCUAAACCGAUUGCACCAACAAAAACUCGGAAGGUAUCUAUUCCACCUUCUUCUUCUAUUUUGA